AUGAAACUCCUCCUACCAAUUACUCUGCUGCUCAUAAUUUCCAUGGUUAUGGCGGCCUCCUCUUUCCUUCAGCUCUCACUUGCCCUCGAUAUUGACGGUGCCUUUUCCCCUGAUUCGCCCCCUGCCUCUCCACCCGGAACAUGCGAUUCCAAGUGCGAGGGAAGAUGCGCCAAGGCAGGGGUGAAGAAGAGGUGUUUGAAGUACUGCAAUAUCUGCUGCGGGAAAUGUCACUGUGUGCCUUCAGGGACCUACGGGAAUAGGUCAGAGUGCCCUUGUUACAGGGACAUGAAGGACAAUAAGGGCAGGCAGAAGUGCCCUUAA